UAAACGAAUGUGCUAGAAACAUUGAAUCAGUAUUAGAGAAAGCUGUGCGUAAGCAUUUUGAAUGAAGGAUAGAAUGGAGAUGGAGAUCGAAUCAGGAAUUGAUGGCGACAGCAUAAACGUAAAUGUUUUUUCUCUGCUGGCAAUUGCUCGCCAGAAGAUCAAUCAGGGAAAUCCCUCCCUCGCUUUGCAAGCGGUGGUAAUGGCAAUGAAAUUAUGUGGUGGAGAAAAUGCGGUCAUGUGGACAUUGCAGAGAGCUCGAGAGAUGUACCAGAAUCGAAUGCAAGAAAAUUCAGCUGCGGAAGAACUUGCGUCACUGUUUGCUGAAUGUGCAAUUACUGACGUGUUGCCUGAUACAUCUGCCAGACUGACGCCUUCUAAUGAUGUUGAUCUUAGUGGUUUAUCAUUGUUAACAGACACAAAUCAAACCUCCAUACUUGCUAAAAGUGGAAGGGUGCAAGUAGUUAUGGAUGCUUUUGCAGAUGGGAGCAGUUUUGUUUGCUUGCAAUGUGGGAGUCUUGUUAGCAACUUUCGCAAAGAUGAGCACUUUGCAUAUUGGUGCUGUGCUUCUUAAACCAUAUCCGAUUUCUGAAGAACACAACAUCUUAUGAUUUAAAUAUCCGUCAUAUCUGUACCAUGAGCGAGUGUUUAGGAGCUUGUGUAGGAGACAUAUAGCUAGAAGAGGUAGUACACAAACUUGUUUCAUGUCAUGUUGGUUUUUAUCUGCUAAUAUAUUAUAAAGUUAUAAUUUAUUUCAGUUGCACCUGACAAGAAGUUGAUGGAGACUCUUCUUUACGAGAUGCUAUUAAUAUUCCUGAAUUGUCAGUCUGUAUCUCCUAAAUCCUAUUGUAAAUGAUCCAAUAUUAUGGCUUGCUUUAAUAUUAAUUAUUUGAUGUCUGUAUGUUUCUAUUAA